GAACCAAAACAAAGCAAAUUGUGACUGGCGACGAGUGUAGUAAAAAUACCAAAACCAAUUAAUCUCUCGUGUCUCGUGCAAUUGUUUAUUCUUGCUGCAAUAUUCCGAGUGAAAAUACGCGUAUUUUUCAGCGGAAGUAACAAUUUUUGACAAAUUUCGUGUCAAAUUGCAAGGAGAGAGUGCGAGACAAAACAAUAGACGACUUCUGCCUUUGUCGCAAUGGUGCAUUUGCUGGACCUUCCCGACUUGUGUCUGGAACAUAUUUUUAGCUUUCUCACGUACGAUGAGAUUGCAAAGAAGCGAAUUAUAUGUAAGCGGAUCAACGAGUUAAAUCAGGGAAUUUUGAAUCGCGGCUUUCACAUGAUGAUCAAGCGACACGCGGCGAACAUGAAAGCGAUCAAAGCGCAAUUGCCGCGACGUGAGAGCGAACGUCGAAAUCAUCCGCUGAGCAAACAUUCGGACAUCAUGACGUGCAUCGAGACACGGAUUAGCAUGCUUUCCAUGACCUACACCAAAUACAUGGACCUGGAUUUGUGUUGUUUCAUUCCGGGUCGCGUCAUUGACGAGGUUCUCAACAUUUUGCGGGUCGUCGAACAAACGUCACAAACCAAAACGACAUUGCGCGCCCACGAAGUCUUGCAAGAGUUACGUGACAUUUCAUCCAUGGCGACAGAUCACUUUGACGACGAAAUCGCUCCCGUCCUGAAAAAGCGAUAUUUGAACCAAUCGAACAUAUCGACGCCCAUUCGAGAUCGUUCCUUCAGCUCGUCGUACAGUUUUGAUCGUAGUGUGAGCGAAAAACUCAUCGGAGUACAAGACACAUCGACAACCAGCAACACAUCGACACGUUCGUCACCCGCAUGCGAAGAUCAUGUCGGAUGCAAUGUGGCUCAAAGUACCCGAAAUGCCGUCGUGAAACUCCAAAAUAGCUACAAAAUCGCUCUCCGCAAGGCACGUGCCAUGGUCCAAAUUCAAACGAAGCACAUGCUUGAGAUGAAAAGUUACUCUCUCGAAGUAUCGAAUCUCAAAUCGACCGUGAACGACUUGAAAAAGCGUCUCGAGGAGUACGAAGUGAAGAAUCGCGAAAUGUCGGCGACAAUUAUCCAGUUGAAGGCAGAGCGCCAACUUGCCAAUGCAUCGAAUUUAGCAACGUCACCCGAAUCUCCGCGUCGCACGGGCAAUAUCAAACCACGCCAAGCCACAAUUAUCCUGAAGCGACGCAUCGAAGAGCCUAGUCACGCGUCUGACAGUCUUGAAACUCUCAAAAAGUCACGAACGCAUCAAUAAGGAUUCCAUUUUGUUAUGAGAAGCUUUGAUUUUUCUGCCUUUUGUAGUAUUAAAAUGUCUUUCCUUCGCGAAGAUUCACUCAUUAUUUUGUAUUCGAAAUUCAUCCAGUUACAGAUCAUCCAGUGUAAAAAGUAGUUUGUAAGCCCUUUAGAACAAAUAAUACAACUAAAUAACUAAAUAUUUACUAAAUAAA